UCAAACGUCAUCAGCAUUAUGAAAUUGACAAGUGAAUGUACAUGAGCGUAUUUUGUGCGCUUUUUGUAUAAAAUAUUUAAUAUUCACUAGUGAAACGAAAUAGUGCAAACUUAAACUAGCUCUCUACUAGCUGCUACAACUGCUUUACAUCGAUUUUGACCUGAUUCUUUUUUAGUUACGAUGCCGCAGCAACCAGAAGGUAACAUGGAGCUGCCUGACUACACUGAUGUUUUACGAGAGUCAGAAAAGAUACUCAGAAAAUGCUUCAAAGAAUUUCAACUAGACGAAGUAUUUUUAUCGUUCAACGGCGGCAAAGACUGCACGGCACUGCUAGACUUAACUAUCAGUAUUCUCCAAGAUAUGUAUCAACAAAACGACAUAGCCAGAAAUUUAAAAGUCGUAUAUAUAAGGACCAAUGGGCCUUUUAAAGAGAUAGAACAAUUCGUGACAGAAGUGGAGACACAUUAUGGAGUACAGCUGACUGUGAUGGAGGGAGAUAUGAGAGAUACAUUGCAGAGUAUAUUAUCCCAAGAUGGACGAUUGAAAGCGUGCCUCAUGGGAACGAGAAGGACAGAUCCCUAUAGUAGCGACUUGGAUUUUAUGCAGAAAACGGACGCCGGCUGGCCGCAGGUCAUGCGAGUCUCUCCGCUUCUCAACUGGUCCUACCACCAGAUAUGGGCCUACAUUCUCAAGAAGAACGUGCCUUACUGUAGCCUCUAUGAUAUUGGGUAUACAUCAAUAGGAAGCAUACACAACACUUGGCCAAACCCGUCUUUAGCAUAUAAGAGCAACAACGGUUGUAUAUGCUAUCGGCCCGCGUGGUACCUGGCAGAUGGGUCUUUAGAACGGGCCGGCCGCGGCCCUCGACCGCAGGGAAGCAACGGACACUUAAUUGACAUUAUUAGUGACGAUAGCCAGAAUGGUGAUGUACUUUGAAAAGAGUUCAUGUUAGUGAGAAUUUAUGCUGUGAUUAUUAUGAUAGUUUUUAGCCCCAACACAUACCGAGGUGAGCAGAGCAGACUGUGGAAUCUUUAUAACAAUGAGGGUCUUCCCACGCCACGUUUUCCAAUAAAAAAAUAGAUGGCGCUGUACAAUUUUGCCGUUUAACCUUUUAAUUUCAUAGAUAACAGACAUACGCGUCGUUUUUCCUUGUUUUCGGGUAUAACUGAAGACCUUUAAUAUUACCCAGGUACGGUCACGAGUACUAAUAUGUAUACACUUUGAAACCAUGUCACAUUAACUUUUUUGACAAAUUAAACCGUAAGUCUCAUUAAAUGUCAAAUAUGAUAGUGCGACAGGGUUCUAAAGUGGCUACAUCAUAUUGCUCAUGACUGUACAGCACUACUUCCACCCAUUAUUAUUCUAAUCAAUAUAAAGAGAAAAAAUGGGUGAAUAUCAAAAUGUGUCAAGUUUGGUGGCGACUGUCAUAUAUUUUUUUCGUGAAAAAUUGGGGUAAUUGGGAAAAUUGGGAAUUGAACAAUUCCUUUUUCAUGUCGGAACUGAGGAUCCUUUUGGAUCUUUUUCAUGUCGGAACCCAAUUUUUCACGAAAAAAUAAUAUGAAAUUUCGCCACCAAACUUGAAAUUUUGAGAUUCACCCAAAUAUAGUAGUAACGUAAUUCUAUAAAUCGGAUCCAAAUAUCAAGCAGCAGUUAUUUUUAUAUGCCUCUGACAUUACAUUAUAUAUUUUAAUAAAUGUAAUGUCAUUAUAUAUUUUAGUAAAGCCUUGAAAGUCCCUCAUAAUGUUGGCACAUUCAGCAAUGAAUUUCGCAUAAGUCUGCAUUGGGUCUCUUACCAGACCCUAGGACUCUUAGAGGGUUAAUAAAUAAAACCACUCUCAAUAAAUAAUGUUCAAAUUUAACAUCACAAAAUUAAAUAAAUAUUUAUUAAAUAAAAUGAUAAAAAACAAUAUUUAUUUAUUUUAUCAUUUAUAGCUUUAAUACCUACUUAAUUAGUAGAUAAAUAAAUUAUAUUAUCGAUUAAGUUUUUAUAAAAAAAAUAGGGACAUGGCGGAUUAGUUCCUUCAUUAUAAGGAAACCGACAGAGAUGUGUCCUAACCUGUAUUGGGCUGGGUUUCCCCUUCGCGGGUUGGAAAGUCACGACAGACGGUCGCUUAUUUAAAAGACCAGACCCGUCAAAUAUUCAGGUUAGAGAAAACGGCAUAACACUAUGAAGAUGACAGAUAAUUUAACUAAUAACUAAUAGAACUAAUUUAUUUAACUUGUUUUGUUUUUAUUAUACACCGAAUGAUACUCUCUUUAAAUAAGUAUGUUUUUCGUAAUAUCUUACUAUAAAUUGCCACUGUCCUCAGCCUACUUAGAAGUCUUAGAACAUAGAAUUACUUAUUUUGCAAAUUACGAACUCUGUGUAUGCACGGCACAAGGCCUACUUAAAUUAUGAAGUCUGUGAAUGCGCGGCACUAAGCCCACAUAAAUUAUGAACUCUUUGGAUGCACGGCACUAAGCCCACAUAAAUUGUGAACUCUGUGAAUGCGCGGCACUAAGCCCACAUAAAUUAUGAACUCUGUGAAUGCACAGCACUAAGCCACACCAAAAUAUGGCAGCUUUAGUAUACUUUAGUUUUAAAAUAAAGAAUAACAUAUAGAACGGUAACUCAGCCCCGCAUCAAUUCGUAGCGAGCUAGACUUCACCCCCUCUGGGUCUUACUAGGUCUUACUUUCUUAGGUAAGGACUAAGGAGGAGCGUGCACACACCUCAUAUUCAGAGCAAAAUAAACAUUAUCUCAUGUUACACUGUCUCGCUCGCACUUAUGGUAAAGCGGCACGAGGUAAGAAUGAGAUUUUGUACGAAGUGUCCGGGGUGCUAACAGUUAUGUGCCGUUCCACUUUUGGAACGCUCCCACUUUAAAAAGCACGGCAGUAAAGACGCAAAAAAAUAUGUAAAAAGAGUUUUAUUACCUAACAUUUAUGCAAAUAGAUCAGAGUACAAGAAAGAACAAUUUGAAAAAGAAAUGCGGCCAAUAUCCUUACUAUUAAAGAGUUUUUACAACGGGAACAUUCCCAGGAAAGGAUCAUCACUGGAUGCUAACUGCCGUUGGAUCAUUUACUUAAAUGCUUUUUUAUAACUUAUUUGGUAAUUAUAAAGCCUACUUAAAAUAGUUAUUUAUUGUAGUUACCACGUUGUUAUGUCUCAUUGAAAUAUUAUAAUUAAUUUAAAUUAUUUGCAACUAUGGAUGAGGUAGCACAUAUUUCGUUGAAAUAAAAUCACUUUUAUAUUGA